AUGAAGGUGCGACAUCGCGUCGAGGCCAAAAUCAAGUCGCGAGUUUCACCAUUCUCGCAGAGGAUGGAGUUCCUCGUUCUUCUGACCGUUACGUCGAAUCUUCCAACUACAAGUGUCCGACGUGCAGAUUGGAAAAUAACCGAAGGUGUAGAACUGACAGAUCCAUCCUUCUUCGAAGCAGCUGCUGUCGAUCUGGUACUUGGUAUCCAACAUUCCUUUGAUCUCUUCAAAUCCAGAAAGGUUUCCUUGGGAAAUGGGCUCUCGACGUUAAACGAGUCUGUUUUUGACUGGAUUGAUUCUGGUGUGGUCAACGAUGCCGGUGCUGUAGUCCAACAAUCCUGCUACACAGCAAUGGCUACCGGUUUCGAUGAGCUGAUCAAUCGGUUUUGGAGCUGCGAAGAAUUGGAAACCAGCAACAACUAUUCCCCAGAGGAGCAUUUCAAACGAACCGUGCGGAGAUCCGAAAAUGGACGGUACCCCAGUACGUUGAUACUGCCGGCGAGUGAUAUUUCGCAUCUUGGUGAGUGUAUCAAUGGUCAGGGUGUUGCUUACUUGCUGGGCCUUUGGUACAUUCUGCUCGCGGGCUAG